GUUUUUCCUCCUCCUGUCUACGAGAAUGUAAAUUAAAAAAGUGGAGGGAAAUUUAUAAACCCUAAAAACCCUGCAAACUCAAAUUGCUCCCAUGGCUCCAUCAUCCAACAACAACAACAACUUCAAUCAAAUCAAAUAGAAAAGAAAACUGAAACGAACACACAUUCUUCUACUUUCCUUCGCUUCACACUCCAUUUCUGUUUCUUCUUCAAUGGCGAGGCUACUUCGCAACGCCAACGCUUUUCUCCUCAAUCGCUCUCUCUUCCGCCCUAACCUUCCAACGCGCUUUUGCUUAAAAAAUGGAGUAUUAGGCACAUCUCAAGUUUUCAGCUUUUCAACUAAUAAAGGUAAGAGGCGCUCUAAAUCAGAUGGAAGUGACUCAGGUGAAGAGAACAUGUCUAAGAAAGAUUUAGCCCUUCAACAAGCCAUGGAUCAGAUCACCUCUACGUUUGGAAAGGGAUCAAUCAUGUGGCUUGGUCGUUCGGUCUCACCUAAAAAUGUACCUGUGGUGUCAACUGGUUCUUUUGCUCUUGAUAUAGCGCUUGGAAUCUUUGGUCUUCCAAAGGGGCGUGUUGUGGAAAUUUUUGGUCCAGAGGCUUCUGGGAAAACAACUCUUGCUUUGCAUGUGAUUGCAGAGGCACAGAAGCAAGGAGGCUACUGUGCCUUUAUUGAUGCUGAGCAUGCACUUGAUAAGUCACUUGCAGAGUCUAUUGGAGUAAAUACCGAGAACUUGCUUCUCUCACAGCCAGAUUGUGGUGAACAGGCACUUAGCCUCGUGGAUACCUUAAUUCGGAGUGGUUCAAUUGAUGUAGUUGUCGUUGACAGCGUGGCUGCCCUUGUUCCUAAAGGCGAGCUUGAUGGUGAUAUGGGUGAUGCACACAUGGCGAUGCAAGCUAGGCUGAUGAGCCAGGCUCUUCGGAAAUUGUGCCACUCUUUGUCACUCUCACAGUGUAUAUUGAUUUUUAUAAACCAGGUAAGGUCAAAGAUUUCUACUUUUGGGGGAUUCGGUGGGCCUACAGAAGUUACUUGUGGUGGUAAUGCAUUGAAAUUCUAUGCUUCUGUGAGGCUAAAUAUCAAAAGAAUAGGCUUUGUCAAGAAGGGUGAAGAGACUUUAGGAAGCCAGGUUCUUGUCAAGGUUGUAAAGAACAAACAUGCCCCUCCAUUUAAAACUGCACAGUUUGAGCUCGAGUUUGGCAAGGGAAUAAGCAGAGAAGCAGAGGUUAUAGAGUUGAGCAUAAAACACAAACUCGUAAAAAAGAGUGGUUCGUUUUACGAAUAUAAUGGCCGGAAUUUCCAUGGCAAGGAUGCACUAAAAAACUUCCUGGCCAACAGCGGUGGCUUACAAGAAUUAACAACAAAGCUUAGAGAAAAGCUUCUCAACGCUGACAUUGCUGAUGCGGAAACAGUUCCAGAAGCGCAGGCGAUGGAUGGAGAUGUUAUGGAAGAAACUUUAUCCCCUGAUUCUACUGAUGAAGAAGCCGUUGCUGUUGUAGAAGCUUGAAUCAACGCAUAACUUGAAAGAAGUUUUCAUUGCACUCCUAAGGGUGAAAGUAGUCUUCGAUCAAAGUAACUAUUAUGCGUUAUGUUUAAAUUGAGGAAUUGAUCACAAGUUAUUAUGCAUUCAAAUGAAGGUGGCUCUAAAAUGCAACUGGCGCUUCCUAUGCUUCUUGUUUCGAUUUUCUACUGGCAUCAUUUCUACUGGCAUCAUUGCCUUUGUAAAUUGUGGAUUUUUUUGGUAAUUUUAUAUGAUGGCAAUGAGUCAUGUGGCAUUUCAAUGUUUUGUGGCUGAGGAAUCAAGUUUUGUGACUAUCUAGUUAGGAAUCAAGCGUUAGUUAUGUAGUCAAGAGUUAUUUAUAAAGAUAUUAAUCCACAAAUUGUAUAAUAGUAUUGGUGCAUAUGUUUCUCAAUCUGCUAGAUGUGGUGCUCUUGCGUCUAACUCCUUGUUUGGCAGGAUGAUAAUUUUAUUAUUUAUGGGUGAUGAUCAUAUGAACAAGAAGUGCAUUAUUUGUGAUAUAUGGGAUGGAUCAAUUUUGAAA